AGAAAAGUGAUGCUAAUUUCAAUGUUUACAAAUGUACACAGAGAAAAAUAUGGCUAAUAAAAAUAAAAAGAUUGUCUCUAUGAUCAGUUGCAGGGACCAAGAAGCGGACAGAAGUCAAAGACGAAGAUAUUUUCAUAGAGAUUUCUUCUUAUUUAUAUGUGGGAAAUCUUCUUAUUUUUAUUUAAAAGUUUAUCUGCUUAAAAUAAUGAGAAAACUUCUUGUUCGAUAAAUUCUGUCUAAAUGUAGGAGAAGGCGGUGAGAAGAGAAUGGAAGCGUACCGUUGCAAGUUCCAUUGAUUUCUUUUGACAUCUUUUUUUCCAUACUCUUGAAUUCAAAAAGUAACUGAAGUGUAUGAAAGAAAAUAGAAAACAAAAACGAAAUGUAAAUCACUAUAAGCAACAAUAACAUAAUGAUAUGUGUUGAGCACGCAACCAUAACAUACAUUAUACGCGUCGAAGUGCACGGGAUGUAGCCUUGCGUAUAUUAGUUAAAAAAAAAGAGCAAAUGCACAAACAAAAACAAACUAUUCACAAGCAUAAGCAUUUCAAUGUCGCCAAUCGUAACUGUAUUUCUAUCGGCUCGUGUUUUUGCAUGCUUAAGAUGAUGCAAUAAUUAUUGGGCAUCAGUCAGUAUUAACGUGAGUGUGGCCCGACGCGUGUCUUAUAAAAAUUGUGACAAGUUUGUAAAAUGGAUAUAUUCAGUUCGGAUGAAAAUAGUAACGCUCCUUGCACAUUAGAUGCAAUUGAAACGCUGCCCAUUUUUAAAUCAUGGGAGUUAAAUGAUGAUAUUUGCUCCAUUCUUGUGAACUACGGAGUGACAUCAACGAUAAUUUUAACAAAAAUGGAUUGGGAAGAUAUCGACUGUUUAUGUGAAAUAAACAAAUUUUUUGGCGAAUGCAUCAAGUUUAAAGCGGGAUUAAGAGAAUGGAGGAAGAACAUGGUAAGUGCAGCAUAAUUUAAUAACUUCUUUGGUGUACAUUUAUGCAAGCAUUUUUAGAAUAUACCGCUUGUACGUGAUGCAAGCUUCUUGUCUGCGAGUUUUGGAGUGGUUAGAGAAAAUUUAUGACGACUUAAAUGCAGCUAAAAGUUCAAGAGAUUCUUCACCAGUACUCCAGCCAACGUAUGAUAACUGCAUGGACAGUCGCAGCUUAACCGACCUUUUAAAAGGUACGGUUAAAGGGCAGCUUGUGCUUCACUUUCAGCAGAAAAAUGGUUUCUUGGACGCCAAGCAGCAGAAUACAUUGUGUCUCUGCAUAAUAGAGAAUUAUAUAGGAAGGCGGAAAAAACUGACAUAUGGAGAAAUGCAAAAGUGGGCCAACAUCAUCUGCGAUGUAUUCCCCAAAGAGAAUCCGGAAACAUAUUUUCUAGCAAGAAAAUAUGGUAAGAAAAAUCCUACGGGAAAGCUAUUUUCACGCUGGACGAAUGCUGACAAAACCAAUUAUAAAAAGUUUUCAACCGAUCGUACAACUACCGCUUCGCCAGCAGCUUUGUCCAGCGAUAAGUAUUACGAAAAGAAGUGCUGGCUACAGAAUAAUUGCACACCAUGGGAACAGGUUAUUGAUUACUGGAAGGAGACAUCUGGUCAAAGAAUUAUAGAUAUCCAUAACGCCAGUUCUUUAAGCUGCAUUUUUAGUGAAUGGCCGCGCUAUAAGGACUUUCGUGGAUAUGAACUUGUAGAAAUAGACUUUGAGACUCUUUACCCCGGGAAAGGAAAUAUGUUAUUUUUGAAAUUGGAGAAGUUUUAUAAAGAAAUCCUCAAAAUUUUUGAUAGAGAUAUAAAAGACCGUGUUUCAAGGGAACUAUUCUUAAAGUAUUUGCACAUUGACAACAUCUCAAAUGAAUGUAAAUAUUGUAUAAGUACAAUUCUUCUACAUGCUUUGCUACAGCCUUUGAGGCUUAAUAAGGACAAAAAACCAACAAUAGCUGAUGCCCAAACAGAUUUCGUAACACUCGUUGCAACACGUAAUGAUAUUCAACCCACAAUAACUGAAUUGAAGAAUAAGUUUGCGGUAAGAAAGGAGAAACUACAGCCGAGAAUUAUCGUCGUUGGAUCAGAUUGGUCAUCCAUUUCAGAGUUUUAUGUUUUUUGCGAUGGUCUGCAAUGGAAAUGUACUACGUAUAUGAAGUGCGUUGACUGCAUUAUUAAACUAUCGUACGUUUAUAAGAUAGAGUAUUCACAAAGAAGCAAGCAAGUAUGGGCAUUUUUAAAACAAUAUUUUUUUGAGUUGAAAUCCGAAGAAUUUUCUUCAGUGGCAAAUCUUUUGAGUAAAUGAAACUAAUUUCGUCUAAUUUUGGUAUAAUGCCCAAUUUUGCUUGUUUCAUUUGUCAAAAAGCUCACUUAAAUCCUAUAGAGCUGAUUAAACAUCUAAAGUCAGCACAUGGUACUCCACCAGUUUGUAAAUUUCAAUGUAACGAAUAUAAUUGCAAACAAAUUUUUUAUAACAUUCACAGAUUUCAAAUUCACCUCAAAAAACAUUUGAAAAUAGAAAUUCGCAAUAGCCAAUCUUGUAAAGAAAAUUCUCUUGCUCUUAAUAUUCCAAUUAAAACAACUAAUUCAUCAAAUCAACUAGUACCAAUUCAAAAUAUUACUUCUUUAAAAGAUUCAAUGAUCGCGUUUCUACUUCAACUGCAUUCCAAUACGAAUUUUUCUCGGAAAGACGUAUUCGAAAUUCAAAAUUCCGUAACAGAGUUAAUUUCAACCCCAAUAUGUGAAAUAUUAAGAGCCAUUAGUAAUUUUCAUGAAAAUAAUUCUGUAAUUGAGGAAGUAAUUAAGAUUAUAUCAGCCAUUUUAUGAUUUAACCACCAAAUACAAAUUUUUCAAAGAAAUAGAAAAACUAGACCUGGAUAAACAUCUGCAAAAAUACAUUGUUAGCGACGAACUCUCAGAAGUCAUACUUAAUAACAACCCAACUUUAACCUCAGAUAGAACCGAAAUAACCCUAUCAGACAUUCCUUUUCAAAUUAAAAAAUUUUUUGAGAGUAAAGGGAUUUUAGAGGCAACGCUUUUAAAUAUGAAAAACUUUUCAGAAAACCUUCCUUAUACUCAUUUCAUCAAUAGCAGCUUUUGGCAAAAUUCAAAGAAAAAUAAUGUAACGAUUCCAUUUUUUUUUUGUAUAUGGAUGACUUCGAAAUUAAUGAUCCUUUGGGCAGUAAAUCUGGCCAACAAAAAGUUUGCGGUAUAUAUUAUAACUCUCCAAGCGUACCUCAGCACCAACUUAGCAAAUUAUCAAAUAUAUUUGUAGCAGGGGUUGUUAAAGUUCGAGAUCUACAAGAUUGUGUUCUGAAUAUUUUAAAAACAUUGAAAAUUAAUGGCCUUCAAAUAAAUGUAGAUGGCAAAAGCUGUAUAAACAUUUUAAACUAAUCGCGUAAGCGGUGUCUACGCCAAUUAAGAAGAAGAAGAUUAUAUAAAUUCUAUUACAAAACCCAUACUAAUAAACCUAAGUUUCAGAAUUGUAAGAAAAAGUUUUUAUCAGUUUGUAGUUUGAUAAUUCAUUAAAUUUUUGUAUGUAUAGUAUUUAAACUAUAAUAAAAAAAAUAAUAAUGUGAAUUAUUUGUGAAAAGAUCCCAAAACCUUUCCCAUAUUUUAUUACUUACGAAAAGAAUCAUGUUAAGUUAUUUAAGUUAUUUUUUUACCCAACUUAUGUAAUAAAU